AUGGCUCUUUCCCAGAAAAAUUUACUUAAUACAAAUCUUAAAUAUAAAAAGACUCUAGGAUUUCCAUCUACUCCUGUCAUAUAUUUUCCUAAUCGCGAAGAAGAGAAAAAAACUGGAAAUGCUGAUGAAAAAACAAGCAAUAACAAUGAUUUUUUGAUAAAUUCGUCUUUGCAUGGCCUUAAAUAUACUGCAAACGGAGAAUUAAGUAUUUUUGAAAGGUUUGUUGCUUAUAAAACGAUAUUUUUUAUUAUAUCCUUUGUUUUUGUGGUGUUAGUAUCUGGUUAUUUUAUUAGUAAUGUGUGGAAUAAAUGGAAAGCAACCCCAAUAAUUAUAAGUACAAGUCCAUUACCAACCUUCACCAGUUCAAUACCGUUUCCUUCAAUAACAAUAUGCAAUUUAAAUCGUGUUAGAAAGAGCCGAGUGGCACAAUUAGAAAAGGGUACCUAUAAUUACACUUUAUUAUGGAGCCUGUGCAAUCAAGAUACUGGAAAUUAUUUGCCUAAUUAUUUAGGCAGUUGGAAAAACUUUCGACCUGUUAUGCUAGAGAUGGCGCAACCUUGCAAGGAAAUGCUCCUUAAUUGUUCAUUUGGGGGUAGAUCUGUAAAAUGUCAGAAUAUAUUUCAUUCGACAUUGACUGACGAUGGUUUGUGCUGUAAUUUUAAUUCCGUUGAUCCGCAAUUUAUGUUUAAAAAUUUCACUACUUCAGAUAGUUUUGAUGAAGUUAAUAAUUUGAAUAUUACUGCCAUAAACUGGACACCCGAAUCUGGAUAUCCGGAGUCUAAUAAACUACCACCUUUAUUUGUUCCGAGAAUAGCCCGCGGAACAGGAAAGCAUAUGGGUCUAACUAUAACAUUAAACGCUUCAUCUCAAGAGCAUUUUUGCUCCUCCACCAAAGGAUUCGGUUUUAAGGUUUUAGUUCACAGUCCAAUUGAGCAACCAAGAAUUAGUAAUUACGGAUUUUUGAUUAACACUGGUACUGAAGCACGUGUUGAUAUUCUUCCAACGUAUUCUGAUGCUUCACCAGCUGUGCGUUCCAUUAAUAAACAAGUUAGAAAUUGUUUAUUUUCCGAUGAAGGAAAUUUAUCUUAUUAUAAAACCUACACUAGAAAGAAUUGUGAACAAGAAUGCAUUGCUAAACAUAUGGCUCGAGAAUGUGGAUGUGUCUUAUAUUAUUUACCAAGAUUGGCAUCAGAUAUAAAAAUUUGUGGACCAGUCGAUAAUGAUUGCACGAGACACAUAGAAAAUAAAAUUUCUGAAGCAAAUAAUAAUAUCACAUGUGAAGAUUGUUAUCCGGCAUGUUUUGAUUUAUCUUAUUUAUCAUCAAUUUCUUCUGUAAAGAUUAACCCAAAUACAUUUAUGGAAUAUAGUAAUAUCUCUAAACAAGAAUUAAUUUUGAACGAUAUAGCAAUCGUUCAUUUCUUUUAUGGCAGCAACUUUUUUCGAAGCAUGACAAAAGAUGAAAUUAUUGGAUUUACAGAAUUUCUCUCUAAUACUGGAGGUUUGUUGGGGUUGUUCAUGGGCUUUAGUAUAUUUUCGUUGAUCGAAAUAGUUUACUUUUUAACCUUAAGGCCCUACUGCAAUUACAAAAUGACGCCAGCGAAUAAUGUAAAUGCAUAUUACAAUUCUCAGCGUAAUAAGUCCGAAUUGAUCGUUGAACAUGUUUUAAAAUAUAGACAAAUAACUUUUGAAGUAUCAAUUGGUCGUUGA